AGUAGACUUGAUACAAAGGAGGUUGAAUAUGACACAUUAAACCCAAACUCUUUAUCCCCUUAUCUCCAUAAACAUACUUGGGAGAAAUUUGAUUUCAGGGUAGCUUUAUUUUUCAAUCAUGGAUGCUUAUCAGCAACCUGAAGAAAGAAAAGUAAAGGAGGAAAUAAGAGAAGGGUCAUCCAUAUUAUCCUCCCCUGUUUCAACACCUUCAACCUCUCCUUCUCAUGAAUUCUCCUUCACAGUCUCUCUCCAUUCUUCCUCCAAUUAUAAAACCAAGACCCCAUCUUCAAUCGCCGUCGAUUUGUCUCCGGCUGAUGACCUUUUCUUUCAUGGCCAUUUGCUCCCUCUUCAUCUCCUUUCUCACUUCCCUGUCUCCCCACGUUCAUCCACCAAUUCAUUGGACGGUUUCAACGUUCCACCAAAAGAGUUGGUUGAUGAUCCAAAACCCGUAAAACCCACCAGCAAAAGCGAUAGCAAUAUCAGUCAUCAUCAUCAUCAACGCCAUACCGUUGAAGAAGCAAAAGUGAAGAACAAGUCAAAGUCUUUCUCUUUGUUUAGUUUACCAAGGCGGCAAAGAGGGGUUAGAGAAAAAGAAGAUAAAGAGAAACAUGGCAAGAAAAAGAUGAGAUUGGAUUUGAGUAAUGCGUUAAAGAGGUACAUGAGGAUGAUUCGGCCAUUGUUGUUCUUCAUAGGAAAGAGAGAGAAGAAACUCCAUCACCAUACACAAGCUUACUCAUUUUCAGGUAAUUUGAGUUUGAGAAACAAAAAAUCAGAGUUGAGAGGAAGGAAAAGAGACUAUUAUUCAGCUCCUGCUUCAAUGAGGACAUCUCCUACAAAUAGUGGUCUUCUUGUUGCAACCACGGGGUCAACUAGUGAUAGCACCAUGGAAGAGUUGCAGGCUGCAAUUCAAUCUGCAAUUGCUCAUUGCAAGAACUCCUUUAAAGGGGGAUGAUAAAACUUAAAUGCUAGGCCUAGUUUUCAGUUUUUUCCCCUUUUUAAUCAACUUCUUCUCCAAGUUAUAUCAAUUAUUGCCUUUUUCUUUUUCUUUUUCAUGUAUAAAUGGUACAUAAAAACGAGUAUGAAAUUAGUUUAAAAGAACUGAAGAUGGCUUCAACAUAUUUCAUCUUUAAAAUGAAAAACUUUUGUUCACA